CCCAGCGGAGACACUCCAUGGAUUUUCAGAGGACAAAGGGACCAGCCUGUAAACUGUAUUCUGCAAGAACCUGAUACUGGAAUUCUUUCAAACAGGAGAUUAGCAAGACAUGGUCCACAGGGUAUGAUGGAGAAUUUGUCUCUUGAAACCGACUUACGAAACUCAUAUGAAGAAGGAAAGCUGUACAUGGUCGAUUCCUUAAACAACUUGAACGAACAGCAUCUUCGUGUGGUUCAGUCUCAGCAUCAAACAGUCUGGCAAGAGAACACAGAUAGUGCUGGCUGUUGGACAGUACAAAACAGCAUGAGAUGCCAUAGCUGGUUCUUUGUCACAUUGAUCAUCACUUUAAUUGUCAGCUUGGCACUUGUUUCCUUUGUAAUAUUCUUAAUAGUUCACACUGGAGAUAAAAUGGAUGAUGUGUCAAGAAAAAUAGUACUAGAAAAGAAGAACAUUGAAGACCUUAAGAAACUAAAUGACAUGAUUUUACAGCACCUAAACCAUACAGAACUGGUAGAAAACCUCAGCAGGAUGCAAACAAGACAAUCAAGCACCGAUCUUCCAGGCUAAAGAAUAUUGAGCUGGAAAUACCAGGGCAAGGGGCUAACUUGUGCAAUGAAUUCCAUUCUUAUCUAAUUUCAAAUACAGCCUGGGCAAGACAGCUUUUUUUUUAAAGUAAUCAUUAUGUGUGUUCCAUGAUGCUUACAGCAAACCUGUAAAAGCAAACAGUUUAUAUCAUUGUGAGAUCCUCUACAUUUGUAACCUUUCUAGACUUCUUGUUUAUCCCCAUGGAUGUUGAUAUAUGGAUGGUAGAGCUCAGUGAAACAUGUGAUUUUGGAAAACUGCUUUUAGACCCCAUUCUUAUAAAUAGUUACAUGCAGAUAGUGUCAGAUAUUUCUUGUGGUUCAUGUUUAUAGCUCAAGUUAAAUUUGGAAUAAGAAUGUAGCAUCUGAUUUCUGAAAGACUUGCACAUAUUGGCAGACCCACCUCACAGAGUAUCCAGUACUUCCUACACAGUACAAUAUAAGUGCAGAUGCAUGGUACUACUCUGCAAAGCACAUCCAGAUUUUUUUUUAAUUACAGAAGUACCACGAACAGUAUCAAAAUUUCACAACUUGUGCUCACCUCUGUGUUGGAAGUGUAAAGAUUUUUUUUCACUGCUGGUGGUCUUGUAAGAAAAUAGAACAGUUUUGGAAGGAAAUACACAAAAACAUUAAGAAUAUAAUAAAUUAUAAAUUCAAUAAAUUUCCAAAAACUUAUCUUCUAGGUAUUUGGGACUAUGAAGACACUAAUUUACAAAAACAUAAAAACCAGUUAUAUUAUUUAUUAACAGUGACAAGAAUAGUAAUUGCCAGAUAUUGGAAAUGUCAGGAUUUACCAUCCAUUGAAGAAUGGUUUCAAAAAUUUCAAGAUUACAGAACAGACAGACUUACGACUCUCCUCAACAAAGACUUCUGGAAUCCUUUGAUUAGAUACUUAUACAAAACGGAUCUUUCUAAUAAGAAAAUAUAUCCUUCUAAUAAGAAAAUGUUAAUUUAGAUAUAUAUAAGUGACAAAUAUGAAAACUUGUCUAAAUAUUGUUAUAUUUAUAUAUGUGACAUCAAUACUUCUGAUAUUGUACUUAUUUCAAUGUCUUAAAUGAAACUUAUUUCAAUGUAAAAAGUUUUACAGAAGUGAUUAAUAAGGGCAAGAUUCAUUAAUGACUUGUGUCAGAAUAAAAGUUGGGUUUAUUCACAGAUGCACCUACA